AUGGAGCUGCAGCAGCUGCCCGGCACAGCCAUCCCGCCCCUGGGCUGGCUGACCCUGCUGCUCUGGUUCUCAGCCCGGAGCUGUGCUGUCUCCUCGCCGGCUUCUCUAGCUCCUUCUCUGGUGUCCCAAGUCAGAACCAGCUACAAUUUCGGAAGGACUUUCCUCGGUCUUGAUAAAUGCAAUGCCUGCAUCGGGACAUCUAUUUGCAAGAAGUUCUUUAAAGAAGAAAUAAGGUUUGACAACGGGCUCAUCUCCCACCUCGGACUGCCUCCUGACUACUUGCCUUCUUACCCUGCAAACUACUCAGAUGAUUCCAAAACCUGGCGCCCUGUGGAGAUCUCUCGGCUAGUCAGCAAACGUCAAAACGAGAUCUCAGACAGGCAAAUCUGUGCCUCUGCAGCUGCCCCCAAGACCUGCAGCAUUGAACGCGUCCUGCGGAAAACAGAAAGGUUCCAGAAAUGGCUACAAGCCAAACGCCUCACCCCAGACCUGGUGCAGGGCCUGCCCAGCCCCUUCCUGCGCUGCCCAUCACAGAGACUUCUGGAUCGUGUGGUCCGGCGCUAUGCUGAGGUGGCUGAUGCUGGCAGCAUCUUCAUGGACCACUUCACAGAUCGUGACAAGCUCCGUCUGCUCUACACUCUGGCUGUCAACGCACAUCCCAUCCUCCUGCAGAUCUUCCCUGGUGCUGAGGGAUGGCCACUGCCCAAGUACCUGGGUGCCUGCGGCCGAUUCCUUAUCAGCACCAGCACCAGCCCACUGCAGGAAUUCUACAGUGCACCCCCCGACCAGGCAGCCGACCUGGCUUACCAGCUCCUCGGUAUCCUGGAGUCUCUGAGGAGCAACGAUUUAAAUUAUUUCUUCUACUUCACCCACGUUGAUGCAGGCAUGUUUGGCAUCUUUAACAAUGGGCAUCUGUUCAUCCGGGAUGCCAGCGCACUGGGCGUCAUCGACAAGCAGGAAGGUAGCCAAGCAGCAAGUGGGUCCAGGACAAAUAAAGACAUCUUUAGCUGCCUGGCUGGCGGCUGCCAGGCUGAGCUGCCCACUUGUGAUACUAUUCCUGAGACGCAGAGCCUGAGGCUGGUGUGUCGGCAGCUGCUGCCUCAGCUUCUCCAAGGGAAGUUCCCCGGGCCAGUGCAGCAGGAGAUUGACAGGGCGCUGGCCGAGUGUGGAGAGAGCGCCCUCCCUGAGCCUCCAGUCCUCCGGGCCGCCAGUGGGCUGAGAGAUCUCCUGAGGCCCCUGAGAACCUGUGACCCCAGAUUUGCCUACCGCUACCCGGACUGCAAGUAUGAUGAUAAAUUCUGA